UAUUUUGUAUUGUGUGUGACGUCAUCGUGGACGUCCUGCGUUCUUUGUGCGCAUGCGCAGCUGUUUUGCACACGUGAAGGAUCAGGCAGCAUGGCUGAUAAAACAGAAGUUGCUUUAGACCGGACUCAGGUGAAAAAGGCCGUUCAGGCUCUGCAGGCUUUCCUGAAAACCAAGUCCACCCAGGACUCCCUGCUGCUGGACGACACUCAGCAGAUCAGCCUGCUCUUCACGCUGUGGAAGAUCCCCAAACAGGCUCAGACCAUCCGCAUCCCUUUGCCCCAUGGCCAGCGGACCGACACAGACGAGGUGUGCCUCUUCACCAGAGAUGAGCCCAACAUGACCCCGGAUCAGACGCAGAGGUUUUACAAGAGGCUGCUGGAGGAGAAGGGUGUCAAAAACGUCUCUGAGAUCAUCCCCUACAAGCUCCUGAAGACGGAGUACAAACCACACGAAGCCAAGCGCCGGCUGCUUGGAAACUUUGACAUGUUCAUCUCCGACGACCGCAUCCGCCGUCUGCUGCCGUCCCAUCUGGGGAAGCAUUUCUACGAGAGGAAAAAAGAGCCACUGUGUGUGAACCUGCAGAGCAAACAUCUGGCCAGAGACAUCCAGCGUGUCGUCCAGGGCACCAGCCUGAAGGUGACCAACAGGGGCUGCUGCUGCAUGGCUCGUGUUGCCCACUCCAGCAUGACUGCAGAUGAGGUGACGGAAAACAUCGAGGCCACUGUCCAAACGGUGAUGGCCAAAAUACGCAUGAAAGGACAAGUGAUGAAGAUCAUCCAUAUAAAGAGUCAAUCGUCAGUGGCCCUGCCCAUCUACACCUCAUCUCUCAGCCACAUCAGUGCACUGCAGCAGGCAGAUAAGAGUGCCACGACGCCCAAGGAAAAGGGAGGAGGAGCGGCCAAAAAGCAGGCAAAGAAAAGAGGAGGGGAAGCAAAACAAACUGUUGCUACUGCAGAGGGGAAGGGAGAGGAGGAAGAAGUCCCACAGCUGGUUCCCAUAGAAACACCAAGCAAAAAGCCUAAACUGGAGAAACAGAAACCGAAAAAGAAGCAGCCGAAGAAAGCACCGAGACCCGCUGCAGCGAAGAAAGGAGCAAAGAAAGGAGCGAAGGCUCCACGCAAACUGACAAAGAAGGCUGGCAAGAAGACCGAGUCUAGAGUAAAAAGAAAGAGCCUAAAGUGAAAUGAGCCUGAGCAGAGCAUCUUUUAUACAUUACCCUCUCAACGCGGACAUUUGACCCAGGACACAGGACCAGAUUGUUCACAGAAUGGUCAAUAUAUUCAGUCCGUUUGUCUUUUUGUUGCUUGAAUGAAGCAGAUUAUAAACUUAAUCUCAAAUGAUCUUUCGCUCUUUGUGUUUUGUGUUGUUGAUUUUUGUAUCAAUUGCAGUCAUGACAAGAGGGCUACAGGUGGAGAUAAAUGGUGUGAGUCAUCAUUAGUGACGAUGUGUUUGUCGUUAAUAUUAUUAAUUCAAUGUUUUUCUCCCCGUCGUGGCAAAAUGUCAAUGUGAAAAAAGGUCUGUGAAAGUCUUGUGAUGGCCUUUGCCAAAAAGUACUCCCGACGAAUUGGUGGUUUAUAAACUCUUCUGAUUACAGUACUCUGUGGUGCAUGGCACAUUGAAAAUUUGUAAGGUUUUAUAUAUUGACUUCACAAAAAAAACAUUAAACUUGUCUUUUCUGACACCCUA